AUACCGAUCAAGAUCACGAUGAUAUCUCUGCGCACUUUUCCACGUUUUACCUAUCAAAUGAUUUUCCAGAAAUGCCAACAACAUUUUCCCCGGUUAUUGGAAUGUCAGAAAGUAUUGCUACACAAACCUGUAAUUGUCACUAUCCAAUUGGUCUAGUGAUAUUCCUAAUUUUCACAAUUAUAAGCUUAUUCGUGUGUAUAUGUGUUUGCUGUAUUGAUUUGGGAGAUUGCAACAUUUGCCAAGGAGAUAGCAAAAAAGAAGUAAAGUUCCGUCGAACGUCAAUGAACGCUCGAUUCGUUGAGCCGAGCAAGUUUGUGAUUGAUAGGAAGCUAUCCAUGGAUCCGUGUUUACUGGAGUAUCGUCAACUGUACAAUUCAGGAAGUGCAUCAUCCAACUCUUACUCCAGAUGCAUCGAAAAUCCACAGUUCUCAUUUUCAACUGACAGAUCUCUCAUUUCAACUGUAUAAAAGUUCAUAUUAUAUAAAAUGAUAAAUAUUUUCUAUU